AGACUCUCUCUGUAUUUUUUAUUUUCAUCUCAAAAUGAGGCAAUCAAACGUGCCCUUAUUUUUUUGGAGUUUCUCUUUUAAGCAGUGGGCCUUGGAAGCGGCAGCUUUUACGGUUGGGUAGGUUCAGUUCAACAUCAUAUUAUGUGUUGCCGGUGAAUGAAGGGUGUGCUGAAUUUGAUGCUGAAUAUUGGUUUUCAGCAUUUCCGAUUGAAUGGGCCAAACGUUGAACAAAAACUAUGAAUCCCAGGCUGCUGAAAUUCCAAAUUAUACCAUCUCUUGUAAAUCUUUUUAAUCGGAGAGGUGUCGUCUGGAACCAGCGUUUUCUCCACGAAGGUCCAGACACGGUGGAUGAAAUAUUAGAUAGACAUGUGAAGAAGGAGAAAUCACUCGAUAAUGAAGAGGAAGAGUUGUUGAAUGAGCAGAGAUUAGUCAGUACUCGGCGAGAGGCGCUGCAUCUUUAUCGAGAUAUAUUGCGGGCAUCACGAUUCUUCUUGUGGAUUGAUUCACGAGGUGUUUUGUGGCGAGAUGUGUUGAGAGAGAAUGCGAGGAAAGAAUUUGAAAAUGCACGCUAUGAAAAGGAUCCAGGGCUUGUGACUCGGUUGAUUAUCGGCGGUAGAGAUGCUGUGGAAUCGGCUAUUGAGAAACUUGUUGAGAAGCAGAGACAGCUGGUCGAGAAGGAAAAUCACGGCUGUGGCGGAGAUCCCCAUUAAUUUUAUUGGAUAUAUGUAGAUCAGAACACAAUUACCAGUCAAAGAAAAAUGAAAAUGAAGCCUUGCUUGACCUUUAUUAGCUUUUCAAAGUUCUUAUUUACUAAGUUGAAGAUUAUCACUCUUAUGGGAAAUAGGCUUGAGUAUGUGAAGAAAUGUUAAAGCAUAACUAUAGAACUGAGUUUACAGAAUAAGAUUCCAAUGUACUUGAAAAUAAUCAGUCAAACAGUGUUCUAAUGUUGGAAUACGAAGCCAUGAAGUUUUUUUAAAAAUCAAAAUAAAAACCAAUUAUUUGUAUGA